AUGUCGCUCGUAAAAUGUUUUCCAGUCUGCAAGUCCGCGAAAAUUGUUAAUAUUUUAUAUUUUGUGAUUACAAAUCCCCAUAUAAAUGAUUCCACACGCGCGACCGUCACCACGACUACGGAAACGACGCACUGCAAUCUUUCCGGGAGCUCCACUUGGAAGCUGCCAAUUCUACCGCGACGUGCUACAAUUGCAUCUGUACAGGGCACUUCGCGAAAGAGUGCAGGAAGCCAAAACGGGAAUUUGGGUCGUGUUAUGCGUGAGGACAACAAGGGCACCUGGCAAUUGAGGCUGCGCGGAGCAACACUAAAGGAUUUAGACGUUUAA